AUGCAUGAGGAGGCAAAUGUGCAUGAUGGAGAGUGUAGUGUGUCUGCUAGAGAGAAGAGGUCAAGAAAAAGGAAAAAAAUAGUGGAGGAAGACAAUCAGUUCGUGGGGAUGUUGUCGUCCUUCUGCAAGGAGACUGCGAAGAACAUAUCGGACAUGGUGGUGAGGGUUGGUCAUGCCCACGAUGCGACCAAAAGACGUGGCAAGGUGUACGAGGUCUUAAAAGGUAUGCCCAACCUAACCAUGGAAGAAAAGCUACUAACCACCAAAUACCUUUGCAAUAAGACUGAAGAGCUAGACAUGUUUUUUAGCCUCGAAAAUAGAUUGAAGUUUCAUUUUGAAGCUUUUAACACCUUCACCUACACAAGGGGCGUCUGGGUGUAUCCGGAUGAUGGCACGAUCACGGUGAACACGACUUAUUGGAAUAAUCUUGAAACACCUUUCCAAAAAUUCUUCCGGCUAUUUGGUUUCAAGUGUUACAAAGAAUGUGUGGACUUGUUCGUUAACCGUGAAGCCGCGGAUGUAAACUUUGAUGAUGGUCCGGGAGACAUGUUGGAAGAUCCAAUUGAGUUUACUGACUCGGAUGAGGAGCCCGAAGAUCAUGAUGACCAUGGAAUUGUGCCGGGAGCAACAAACGUCCACCCAAUCGACGUGGAAAAUUAUGAGGUUCAAAAUGUGCCGGGUCAUAGGAGGUACCAUCCAAUAUACGUAGAAGAUUAUGAGCGUGAGAAUGAGCCAGGUCGUAGGAGGUCCUAUCCAAUCGACGUGGAGGACGAAGAGGUGCAUGAGAUGGAUAUGGAGGCCGACUCGGGCAUCGAUUAG